GUGGCGGUGGUGUAGAGAGGAGAGAGAAAGAAGAGGAGUGAGAAGGAAAUUAAAAAAAAAAUCCUUUUAACCGGUUUAACAAGUUAAAGGUCAAAUGGAUCUGUCAAAGAAGGUGGGGUGUAAGGUUGGAUUUUUUUUAGAUUAAUGGAAGGUUGGAUUUUUAUUGUCAGACCCGACCAAAGGUUGGAUUUUUAGAUUCCAUUUUUCCUAUUUUACAUCAAACUAACAAACGGGAUAAGAUGUUGCAAGUAAUAAAAAACAGAGAAAGUAUUAGAUUUUUAGCUACUAUAUAAGGGAUAGUGCAUAAGAAGAAAUGACAUAUGGAGAAAUAAGCAAGUCAAUAGUUGAUCAAUAACUUACUACAAUAAAAUAUAAAUAUACAAAGAGUGCUUCGGAAUUCAGGAAAAUGAAGAGGGUCUCAUUCAACCUUGUUGCUCUUGCUGUGUUUGCAAUAAUAUUCAUGCUGUGUGCUGCAACAACUCCGGUGCUUGGAGAGGCGGCAACCACUUCCGGCGAAGAAAUGGCAUACCCGGCGGAAUAUAAAAUUAUGACAUUGGAAGAAGUGGCGGCGAGGAGGAGAGAGCAGGCAAGUAUGUACAAGAAUAAGAUUACUGGCCGCGAAAGCCUGAAAGCAAAAAUGAUAAGUUCACUACCUAUGAAUACUCUCGAUGUUUCUCAGCAGGCAUGCGCGGCUAAAGGCGAAUUCUGCCACUUCAUAUUUGGACCGUGGUGCUGUAAUGAUAUAGCAUGUAUACCACCAGCAGGUAUUUUUGGUGGCGUGUGUGUGGCUUAAGCUCGGACUACUAAUAUAGCCUAACGCCUUAGCCAGUGAUCGGCUGGCCGGCCAAUAGAGCUUAGUUCGUUCUCGUCUUUCUUAAAUUUCUUGCAUCGUACUACUUCAUGAAUCAAAUGUUGUCACUUAAGUUUUCAUGCAUGCUUGUUUAUGUAACAUAAAUAAUGGUUAUCAUCUGAUCAAGGAUGUAAUGUAAGUGUGUUGUGUGUUAGUCAGUUAGUUUAUGUAAUGUAAGGGAAGUUUAAUUAUAAAAUAUGAUGACAGUCAUCGUUUGAGCGUGUGCUUCUAAUUCCA